UGUUCUCUGCCAGCUGAACAAACAGUGAAUUCCGGCCCUGUCCCAGGCACUAAAGUGUUAACGCUGCUUGUUUGACAUCUGUUAUUACUGUGGAGCUAAGUAGAGCCAGGUGGGGUUGUGGCAUAGUUCGAGCUGUUAGGCAAACACACUGGAAUUUGGAGCUGCAGAACCAAGGGAAGGAAUGAGAGAGCAGAGCAGAGAGGGAGAGGUACACGAAGGAACCGGGCCAGAGAGAGGGAGAAGCGGGGGACAGAGGGAGAGAAACCGGCAGGGAGAGGGGGGAGACGCAAAGUGAGUCCGGAGCGAGAGGGAGUCCAGCCUCUUCCAAACAUCCAGAUGAAUCAGCACCUCUCGCUCAGCUAAUUCCUGACUGGGAAGUAAUCCAGGAACCAGCUUGUGGCCUGUUCGACCCCUUCACUCCACAACUGUUGACCGGCGCCGACCCCGUUCCUCGCCCGGCGGGUAGAAUGCUGUGGCUGCGGCUCCUCGUUGCUCUGCUGCUCCAGGCGGCCACAUCCCAGCAGGUGGACGAAGCCGUCACCUACACGGAGUGCACUGAUGGAUACGAGUGGGACCACGAGAAGCAACAUUGUCGAGAUAUAAACGAGUGUGAAACCAUUCAGGGUGCCUGCAAAGGGGCGAUGAAGUGUUUCAACCACUACGGCGGUUACCUCUGCCUCCCCCCCUCGGCCUCCAUCAUCUCCCAGGACAUGGCACCCGAUCAGGAGGCUGACACCCUGCCGCUCGAGCACCCGAGGGAGACCCGUCCCGGUGACAGUGGGUGCCCCCUGGGUUACAUCCGUGACGAGGAGGACCAGUGUGUGGACCAGGACGAGUGUGAGCAGGAUGUCCACAGCUGCCAGCCCAGCCAGACGUGCAUCAACACCGCCGGCAGCUACGAAUGCCAGUGCCCAGAUGGUUACCAGAAGGUGGGGGCCGAAUGCAUCGAUAUAGACGAGUGCCAGUUCAGGCGCUGUCAGCAUCGCUGCGUCAACUCCCCGGGCUCCUACACCUGUCAGUGUGAGUCCGGCUUCACCCUGGGGCAUGACAACCGCUCCUGUGUGGACGUGGACGAGUGCAGCAUGGGCGCUCCCUGCGAGCAGCGCUGCUUCAAUACCUUCGGCUCCUUCCUCUGCCGCUGCGGACAAGGCUUCGAGCUGAGCGCCGACGGACAGAUCUGCCAAGACAUCGAUGAGUGCAGCUACUCAAAUUACCUCUGCCACCACCAGUGCGUCAACGAGCCGGGAAGUUUCUCCUGCGUCUGCCCCGAAGGAUACCAGCUCCUGGGCACCAGGAUCUGCCAAGAUGUGAACGAGUGUGAGACAGGUCAGCACCAGUGCGCCGAGGACCAGCUCUGCACCAACGUGUACGGGGGCUUCCGGUGCGUGGAGAGGAACCAGUGCCUGGAGCCCUACGUCCGAGUAUCCGACAACCGCUGCCUGUGCCGAUCGAACAACGGAGCCUGCGGGGACAAGCCCGCGUCCAUCGUGUACCGCUACAUGAGCAUCACCUCGGAGCGCAGCGUCCCCUCCGACAUCUUCCAGAUCCAGGCCACCAGCAUCUACCCCGGGGCGUACAACACCUUCCGCAUCAAGGCCGGCAACGAGCAGGGAGAGUUUUACAUCAGGCAAAUCAACAACAUCAGUGCCAUGCUGGUGCUGGUCAAACAAGUGACGGGACCCCAGGAGUUUGUCCUGGAUCUGGAGAUGGUGACUGUGAACCCACUGAUGUCGUACCAGUCCAGCUCCGUGCUGAGGCUGACUAUAUACGUGGGCGCGUACGCCUUCUAGGGCGGAGGAGUGAAGCCUCGCAUUAACGCUGUAAGAGAGUUCUUUAACUUUAACAAAGACGGUCUGCAACCGACCUUCUGUAUCCCUGAA